AUGGAGCAAAUAACUGAACAACCAGAAUUUGGCAUCAGAAUUUACACAGCUUCUCCUUCAUUAGACUUUACACUACCAUCAUCAACCCCUCCUCCUCCAUCAGAUCCCGCCACACAACCUGUUGCACCUAAGAAAAGGCGGGCUGCGGUCGCAAAAUCAGUCCAAGGAACCCUCUCGAAAACCUCGAUGUUAGCCCAUUUCCUCCCUACUGGGACCCUCUUAACUUUUGAGAUGGUACUUCCAUCAAUAUAUGGUGUUGGUGAAUGCAGUUCCGUAGCCACUAUUAUGACUUCCAUCCUCAUUGUACUUUGUGCUCUUUCAUGUUUCUUCUUUCAUUUUACAGAUAGUUUUCGGACUCCUGAUGGGAAGGUGUACUAUGGGUUUGUGACUCGAAAUGGGUUGGCGGUUUUCAAACCGGGUUUGGAUGUGGAGGUUCCGAAAGAUGACAAGUAUAACAUCCAUUUUGCUGAUUUUGUACAUGCUAUGAUGUCUGUUAUGGUGUUUAUGGCGAUUGCAUUAUCAGAUCAUCGGGUUACCAACUGUCUUCUUCCGGGUCAUGGUAAAGAGAUGGAGGAAGCCAUGGAAAGUUUUCCUUUAAUGGUAGGGAUUGUUUGUAGUUGUCUUUUUCUUGUGUUUCCUAAGGCCCGUUUUGGUGUUGGGUGUAUGGCCACAUAAAGAGUUCGAACCAGUGUUACUUGGGGAUCUCCGAUCUAAAAAGUUCAACCCAAAUCAGGGCACGGGUUCGCUAAGGAUCACUUCCUAAAUUGCCGAAAGUUACAAUCCCCUUCGUGCUUUGAUUUCAUAUUCAAGCUUUGCAAUUAUGGAGUUUGGUGGUACGGAGAAGAUAAAGGAUGAAGCUUUUUGAUUUUUUUUUACGUUUUUUCUUAUUAGGACUUGCACUGUAAUGUUAGUAAUAAAUGAAAGGACAGAAAAUUGAAACUUUUCUUUGGAUCUAAAUGAAAAUCUUUUACUUUUAUGUAAUAGAUGUAAUAUUGCCC